CUCAAAACCGUCCUGUCCUCUCUUCAGGUGCUAAAAGUGACCGGUUUUGAUAGUUGAAGGUGAAAAACAGACGGUUUUGUAGUUGAGGGAUAAAAUUAAACUCGGCCAAUAGUUGAGGGGCUAAAAGUGGACUUAAUUCAUGUUUAUUCAAUGUACAAGUGUAAAGUGUUCAUCUAUAUCCAAAUGCUCUACAUAUAACAAAUCAGCAACAUCAUUGUUCGCUCAAAUAAUCAGGCCCUUAUUACAUGCGUUUUCUGACAGCCUGGUUCAGAAGGUUGUAUGGGAAACUCACAACACGGCCAGGCUCAUUCAAGUUUCACGCCUGAAGUCCAAGAAGGUGUUUGGUUCGAAUGGUAACGCUAAUGCAAACGAAAUGGAAUUACAGGGUGAUAGGAGCACAAUGGGUGUUUGAUUGGGGAUGGUAAGAGCAUCUCCAGCAGACUACCUAAAUCUACUACCUAUCUUAUAUUUGGGUAGUGGAGAGCAAAAAAAACGCACUCCAGCAGGCUAUCUAUCUGAGUACCUAUUUUUGUUGGCCCAACAAAUUUUCCCUUCCACUACCUAGAUCUGUUGGGCCAACAAACAUGCCUACCUAUUCCCUCCCACGCUCCUCUCUCUCCCGUACUCGUACGCACGCAACCCGGCCCCACUGCUCGACGGCGGCGCUCCAGCCCUCCUUGCUCGCCGCCCUGCACCCCGGCGGUGCUCCUCCAGCUCCCCUCUCCUCCAGCACUCAGAUGGCGGGCUUCCUCCCCGGCGGCUCCUCCCCGGCGGCUUCCUCCCCAGCGCGUUUUCUCGACGGCGGCUCGCUCCCAGAUGCGGCGGGCUCCUCCGGCUCCAAGGUGCUCCUCCUGCUCCUCUCUCUUCCAAUGGCGUCCCGUUCCCUCCGACGGUGCACGAGCGCGGCGGCCCUGUCCGAUGACCUUUCCUCCGAUGGUGCUUGACCUCCCAGGGGCGGCCCCGUCCCAUAACUCCACCUGAUGUCCGAGUUCGUCGACAGCAACAAGGAAGAAGAUGACAAGUGGGUCCCGUAUGUCAUAGACUUCUAAAAUAAAUUUAGAAACCAUGUUUUAGGUAGUAUUGUUGGAGUUAAAGGUAAAAUAUAGGUAUUAUAAAAAUAGAUGGCUACCUAAAUGUCUAUUUAGGUAGUCUGUUUUAGGUAGUAUUGCUGGAAAUGCUCUAACCAUUUUUGGGGAAAAAAUGCAGCCAGAGUUGGUCGUGGCCCGUGUUCGUGCCUAGGUAAGCAGGUAGCACGGAACUAAAAUCGCUCGCCGGAGUCUAAAACAUGAGCUUCGUUGAGUCCAUCCAUGUCUCCGUUGGCCGAUUUGUGCCAACAAAACGGUUUUCUGGUCUUGUCUUCGCAGACAGUCGAUGCUGCCUCCCCCGGGGGCCAUGCUGCCAUGGACUCUGUAUAAGAGUGAUACUUCGAGCAAAGCCAACGACUUUUACUCGCCGAAUCUUACCGUGGAGAGAAUGUUGGGAAGCCGUUCGUUUUCCUCAGUGGUUUGGGUCAUUUGUUAGUUGAUUAAUCGAAUUGUGUAAUAAUUGAUAUGAUUCUAGUCUAUAGUAGAUGAAGUCGGAUAUAAACUAUCAUUGGGUUUUUCAUUAAUUACUUUUUUAAGUAUAUCUAUUUGAUAUCAUAUAUCUUCGUAUUUUUUUAAUAAUUUUGAUCAAACUUUAGAUGUUUUGACUCUUUAAGAUUCUUAAAAUAUCUUAUAAUUUAGGAUGAAAGAAGUAAUAUAUACCAUCACACUAUUACUGAUGAUAGGCCUCAAAUAAGUUUUCACCUUAAUUUUCACAAGACACACUAGGAAAUAAUAAAAAUAAAUAUAAAAUUAUUGUGAUAAUCAGAAACAUCUAACAUUGAAUUCGGUAUACUCUACUCAUCAUCGUUAGUAAUAGUCAUUGAUUCAAUUCUAUUUUCCAAAAAAAAAACCCAACCCUUGUCAUUAUAAAGAAUAUAUAAAGUAACCCCUUAAAUUUGUGUCUAAAUCCAACUUCACCACUAUGAAUAUGUACCAUAAAUUUGGGUCUAAAUAUAUUUAACGAUCUCUCUAAUCAUAUUAAUUAUGUACCAUAACUAUUUAUACUUUCUUAUAUAUAUUUAGUCAAAGUUGACUACGUUUUGACUUGCUGGGAAACAACGCAUGAGUAUAAUAUAGGAUUAAGUCCACUUUUAGCCCCUCAACUAUUGGCCGAGUUUAAUUUUAACCCUCAACUACAAAACCGUCUAUUUUUCACCCUCAACUAUCAAAACCGGUCACUUUUAGCACCUAGAGAGAGGACAGGGCGAUUUUGAGCCACUUUGAGCGGUUUUUCCUUUUUCUUUUCUAUGGUUAAACUUCUGAAUUUCAUAGUGAAUUGUUUGAGCAUGGUAAAUUUAUAAAUUUUUUUGGGUAGCCUUGUCAUGAUGUUCUCUAUGCAGAAAAAAUGUGAAACUAUGAAAAUAAGUAUUUUUUGGAUGCUAAAAAAUUAGCUCUUUUAAUUAAUAAAUACAUGUUCUAUGAUUUUUGUAGGAUAAUAUAUAUAUCCUAUGAUAAUGAAACUUUUUGCAUAACUAUUUUAUACUAAUAUAGACCUUCAUAAAAAGUUUGAGAUUAAUUUGAUGAUGUUUGCUUAUAUCCCUAAUUUAUAUGCUUUAUUAAACUCGGCCAAUAGUUGAGGGGCUAAAAGUGGACUUAAUCCUAUAAUAUAACGAUGGCAAUGCGUUUGGCUUCUCUACUCUCGAGAUGCUUUUGGGCGUAGCGUGAAUUAGCAACGUCCCUGUUUUUCUUUUCCCAAAAGGAACUUGCCUGUUUAAGUGUUAACAUCAGAACAUUUUAUGUAGCAUGUGACGAAGAGAUGAAAACACGUGUUUUCUUAACGCGCAACUCUCCUUUUGCCCCCUCAUUUGGUAUGUGCUCUCGACAGAGAUCACUGAGAUUAUUACAUAGCCACGCAUGUGCCUGUCUAACACAAUUUAUCCAGCAGUCCUCGCGCAGCUUCACUUCCACGGCACAGCCACAUGUUGCUAGGGGGGGCGUGGCGGGAAGUGAAGCUGAUAGCGGGAGGCCAGAAAGGUCAAAGCGCGCGCGCGUCUCUACUUAGAGGCAGCAGCACGAUCAGCAUCAGGCGGAUGCAGGAGCAAAGCAAGAUGCCCAAGCUAGAAGACGACCGGAGCAAGAGCAAAGACGGCGAGGGAGCGGCCGUGAUGGAGUGGCAGCUGGAACCGGGCGUGGUCAGCAAGCUGUACGAUGUCUUCACCGUCGCUGGCCUACGCGUCGACGCCAUCGAGCCCGGCCGCGCCCUCUGCUCCUUCACGGUGCCGCCUCGCCUUACGCUUUUCCCACAGCUCUCAGCUCACAGCAGCUUUUCCACGGCCCACAGUUCACAGCAGCUUUUUCAAAAUCUACAUCUCAACCAAACAGGGCCUGAUGCGGCAACUCAAGACAAAAGCAAGCGCAUGCACGGAGGGGCCUUGGCAUCUCUGGUAGACCUUGUUGGGUCGGCCGUCUUCUACGCCGGCGGCUCGCCGACGACGGGGGUGUCCCUGGAGAUCACCAUCUCGUACAUAAACGCCGCCCGUGCAAACGAGGAAAUAGAGAUCGAGGGGACGGUUCUGGGCAUCGGCGAGAAGACGGGGUGCGUGGUCGUGGAGGUCAGGAAGAAGAGCACCGGCGAGGUGAUCGCGCAUGGUCGCCACACCAAGUAUCUCGCUCUCGCCAUUUCCAGCAAACUGUGAUCGAUGAUGGAUAGGAACAAUCUUCUGCCAUGGUUCCGAUCCAGCAUCACCACCGUUCAAUUCUUGUAUCAUGUCACAUUUUUAUUUUUUAUUUAUUUUAGCAACUCAUGUCACUUGGUUUGUGCAACGAAUAAGCUAGGGCUGUGGGCUUGCGGAGCCCAAUGGGCUGACCAACAAAAUAACAAUAACU